GCAGCCCACUCCGAACCCCCUCUCCAUUCCCAGAACCCAGCUGGGGCUCAAGUCGCCUCACCCCAGGCCCCGGGUUUCUCCCCACAGAUGCUGUGGCUGCUGCUCCUGACCCUCCCCUGCCUGGGGGGCGCUGUGCCCGGGAACCCAGUCGAGUCCACCCCACCCGAUGCCCCGAUGCCCAGGACCCCGUCCCUGUCCUGCCCCGGGCUCAGAGCGCCAGCCCUGGGGGCUGAGAGGACCGUCUGGUUGCCGGUCUGUCCUGGUGUCCUGAGCUCUGGGAAGACCCUCGUCCAGCCCCCUCAYGGCCCUCCCUUGCCUCCCCAGAGCCCGGUGCGGGGCGUGAGCAGGUGGGCAUCGUCGGGGGCUGCGACGUCUCGGCCAGGAGGUACCCCUGGCAGGUCAGCCUGAGGUUCUACAGCAUGAAGAAGGGCAAGUGGGAGCACAUCUGCGGGGGCUCCCUCAUCCACCGCAAGUGGGUGCUGACCGCUGCCCACUGCCUUGGGCCGGAGGAGCUGGAGGCCUGUGCGUUUAGGGUGCAGGUCGGGCAGCUGAGGCUCUAUGCGGACGACCAGCAGACGAAGGUGGCCGAGAUCCUCCGCCACCCCCAGUACAAUGAGAGCCUGGCUGCCCGGGGCGGCGCGGACAUCGCCCUGCUGAAGCUGGAGGCCCCCGUGCCGCUGUCCGAGCGGGUCCACCCCGUCUCGCUCCCGCCUGCCUCCCUGGACGUCCCCUCGGGGAAGACCUGCUGGGUGACCGGCUGGGGUGACAUCGCGGGCAACCGGCCGCUGCCCUGGCCCUACCAGCUGCAGGAGGUGGACGUCCCCAUCGUGGGGAACGAGGAGUGUGACGGGGAGUACCGGAACCAGUCCCUGGACAGCACCGGCAGGGUCAUCCAAGACGACAUGCUGUGUGCGGGGAGUGAGGGCCGGGACUCCUGCCAGGGUGACUCUGGGGGCCCCCUGGUGUGCAGGUGGAAUUGCUCCUGGGUCCAGGUGGGGGUUGUGAGCUGGGGCUACCUCUGCGGCAAAGGGUACCCCGGCGUGUACACCCGCGUGAUGAGCUACCUGUCCUGGAUCCGCCAGUACGUCCCUCGGUUCCCUGGACCCUAGCUGGGGUGCAGUGGGGUCUGCACACUCCCGGAGACCCCGUCAUCCUUGUGGACACCCCUGCUGCUCCCCAGUCCCAGCCUCGGCCUCCCACAGGUCCGCACCCUGAGAGCCUUCUGCUCCUCUCCAGCUUCUCAGGCGUUUUCCUGCCGGCAGGGGGCUGGGGAGCAGGGGAGGGGAGAUGAGCCGGGCGUGGGAACAAAACCCUGGCCAUCCCAGGCGACUGCUUGUGACUUGACUAUUAAACGGUGUGGAAAUGGC